AACUGCGCCGCGUGACUCCACAGGCCGGAAUAGCUCCUCGGUCGUGGCUUCCCCCGGCUCUUUCGAGCGCGGCUGGCGGCGCGAUGGACCUGGCCGGGCUCCUCCUGGACGAAGAAGGCACCUUUUCUCUCACCGGUUUCCAGGACUUCUCGUUCCUCCCAGGACACCAGAAGCUGAGUGCCCGGAUCCGGAGGAGACUCUACUAUGGCUGGGAUUGGGAAGGAGACUGCAGCCUGGAAGAGCUCUCCAGCCCAGUGGCAGACAUUGCUGUGGAACUCCUCCAGAAAGCAGCCCCAAGCCCUAUUCGCCGACUCCAGAAGAAAUACGUAGCUCACGUGUCACGGGAGGCAUGCAUCUCCCCGUGUGCGAUGAUGCUAGCGCUCGUGUACAUUGAGCGACUCCGGCACCGAAACCCAGACUACCUACAGCACGUGUCCUCCUCUGACUUGUUCCUGAUCUCUAUGAUGGUGGCCAGUAAGUAUCUCUACGAUGAAGGGGAAGAAGAGGAAGUCUUCAAUGAUGAAUGGGGAGCUGCGGGGGGCGUGGCCGUGCCCACUCUCAAUGCCCUGGAAAGGGGCUUCCUGAGUGCCAUGGAUUGGCGUCUCUACACUGACCCACGGGAGAUCUUUGAGGUGCUGAACUGGCUGGAAGGCUGUGUGGCUGAGCAGCAGGGACGGCGGCGGGGCUGGUACACCUACACAGACCUGAGCGUGCUUCUGGAACAGCCGGCCUGGCAGUUGGCCCUAGGCUCCCUGUGCCAGCGACUGGCAAAGCUCUCCUGCCUAUUAGCUGUGGCAUAUGUGAGCAGUGUGGCCCUGGCUGUGGCAUCAGUGGCUGUAAUAAACCAAUCACUAGGGCUGUCCUGUAGCCCCCCACCUGGCCCCCCGGACCUCAGACUGGCCUCCAGGUGCCUCUUGGAACGCUGCGGACCUCCUUCCCCCAUGCCACAGUGCCUGCCGUCUCCUGCCAACGUCUCCAACUGCCUGGAGGGAGAUGUCGGGCUGCGUUCACUCUGGGGAAGUCUUCUGGCCUCACUGACUCCUCCACCGUUGCCUCCUCCUGACCCUCCCGCCCCUCCCAGUCUUCUCCAGCACUGCUCUCUUUGUCAGAAGUUCCAGCGGGACUCCCCAACCUGCCGAGCCUGCCACCACCCCAACCGUACGGUUCCCACUGGUCCCCCCAGGCCCUGGUACCGCACCCACGGCCUGGCUCCACCCUGGUCCUGGAGCCCGAUGCCCUCUUUGCUCCCCCAGCCCCAGCAGUGUUCCCUUUUCAGCAUCAUGGAGCUGGCCCGCCUCAAGUCUUUCAUUUUCCCAGGCUAGGUCGGGCUCCGAAGAAUGCUUUCAGAGGCUGGGAGUCCCUGAGAACCUGGAGGAGCAAGGCUUGAUUUAGAUCCUCUCUACCUCUCUGGGUCCUUGGCUGGUCCCCUGUCCUGGGUGAUGGAGCUUAAGGGGGUAUGGGCCAGGACUGAAGGUCACUCACUCUCCUCGAUCUCAGUGACCAGCUGGCUGCUUGGCCAGGGUGGUGAUGGUGCCAGGGAACACUUCAGCUUGGUGACCAUGGGCCUGUCACAGAUAGAGGAGAAGCCCUUAUCUCUUCACCUCUCCUGGGCUCUUCUAGACCUUUGCUUUUGAGUUCCCUGGGAUGGAAGGGUAAAGGUGGGCGCUGGGAGAAGUGGGGUGAGGAAGGGAGGAAGCAUUGAUCCGGGUCUGUGUGAUGUCCCUGAAGCAGGCCAGCCAGGGACUGAUAGGGCCGAGGUGGGAGCUGUUGAGGGAAGGUGGGUGAGGUGGGCAACCCUCUCCACGCCCGCCCCUUGGAUGUAGUCUGACGGAGCCAGAGGCUGCUGGGAUCUUCUGCCUUGCCCUUUUGUUUCCAAUUUUCUCUUGUUAGUCCCCUGCUCCCAGACUUCUUUUCCCUUCUCCUGGGUGGUCUCUUCACAGGUGUCUCUGGCUGCUGCUUUGUAUCUGGGUUUUUUCAUGCUUUUGUAGCUCUGAGGUUUCAAUAAACAGUUUAAGUUGCAUGGCCUGGACUCUUCCUUCUGCGGCAUCCCUUGAAGAACUUUCUUCCCAUAGCUGUGCUGAGCCUCCCUCCCUGACCCAUCAUCUUGCAACUCAUUCUCUCUGAGCCCUGUUUCCACACUUCCCUAUUGUUUGAUGGGCAUAGACACCUUCCCGUUUCAGACUUGUCCUUGCUCCCAGCACCUUGGGGCCCCUAGCACUGCUCUAUUUGGAUGCUGAGGGAUGCAGAUGGUGACUGUACUAUGCCUGGGGUUAGUCCUGACUGCUGUGUCCUGGGUGAGCACCACCCUGUGGAUCCUGAAACACACCUCAGGGAGAGGGGCCAAGUCCUGAUCCUGCUCAGCCCUCUGGUCUCCUUGAUGGAAGUUCCGAGGACAUCCCUCUAUCCCGACUUCAAGGCUGGGUUAUCCCUGGCAGAAGGAAAACUGUUCUGGGCCUCUGGGCUUGAGGGCAUUUGGGAUGGCGAAAAACGAUUCACAGAGGGGUGGCACUGCCCCCUAGGGAGCACUUCGAAAACUUAAAAGUUUACUUCUCAUAUACAGAUGUGUAAAAACUUUUCAAAUACAAAUCUUACAAAAACUUAAAUUUGUUGUCAUAAAUUUGAGGGGAUACUGCUGGCAUGUAGUUGGCCUGGGCAGGAUGCUAGACAUCUGAAAUGCUUAGACACUCAUGAAAAACUACCAACAGCUUUUGUAUGACUGACCGAAUAUCAUGUACAGUCAUUCCCGACCUAUGAUUUCUGGUUUCGUGAUGGUGUAGAAGCAACGUGCAUGUCAUAGAAAUCAAGGUGCCACAAUUGUGAUGCUGGUCGGAGGCAGCGAGCUGCAGCACCCAGUGUCGGCUUUUUCAGCUAAAGAUGGGUUUAUCAGGAUGGAAGCCCAUUGUAAGUCGAAGGAGAUCUGUCUAUGAAAACGUGUUCAUGUUUAGAGUCUAGAGUCUAGAACGAUCUGAUUUUUUUUAC